GCUGCUCGGUGGAGUCUCAGCCGUGAGAAGUGGCGGAGGCGGACAUUGUUGUGGUAACAGUCCAGCCCCAGAGGAUGCACAGCGGCGAUGCACUUAUUCUAAGCGGAUGAACGGCAAAAUUGGAUUUUAAUUUGUGUUGUUUGUUUUGCAUUUUUUUUGAAGAUGAGUCGUUUGUGAAAGAAAAAUAAAAAGGAAAGAAAGAAAAAGCCGCUGCGGCCGCUGCAGCGAAUACGGACUCGGAGUUCAUUCAGCCCGGUGAGACGAUGCCAGCGACGUAAAAAAAAAAAAAAAACACACACACACACAACAUCUGCAGGGUGUGCAUCCCAGGCUGCUGGAUUAAGCCUCCGUGGAUCGACGGGUCUUUUUCCCCCCUGUACAUAUAGGCCACCGAAGCCCGCGGGGCGGCCCGUCGCCUUCGAGUACGCUGCGCGGGGAGGUAAAACGAGGACAGCGGUAUUCCUGGAGGCCUUUGGAGAACCCAUUCUGCCGUGGAGAAGAUGACAGAUUGACAUUAAAAACGGGAGGUUCGCGGCGCAACACGGCCUCGUCGAGACGUCAUCCGCGCAGAACUGGGUCCAGCACAGACGAGGGCUUGAGUCCGAGCGCCUCGAAGAGAGCCAUCUAAAGAGCAAAAAAUCACAUUUUGUGGUGCCAUGAUUCGGCCUUCGGGUCCGUAGUGAUCGCACAGGCUGACAUCUGGGAAACACACGGCGUGCGGAGGAAGAGGAUGUGAUGGCUCUGUGUUAAGCGCAGAAGCACCCAGCUACACCUCGGCGCUUUUAAUACAUUCUCAGGCACCAUCUACUUGAAAGGUUUUUUUAUUUAUUGUUUAAAUCGAAAAUGGGCAGCGACGGUGAGAUAAUAAAUCGGGAGCUGUCAAAGAUGUCUGACGAGGAUUUGCUGGCGUGCUCCAAAGAGGAGCUGGUGAGCCGGCUGCGUAAAGAGGAGUCGGAGAAAAUAGCGGCUCUCAUCCAGCGAGGGCGGUUGAUAAAAGAGGUAAAUAAACAGCUGCAGGGACACCUCCUUGAAAUCAGGGAACUGAAAGUCAUCAACCAGCGGCUGCAGGAGGAAAACGUGGAGCUGCGGGACCUGUGCUGCUUCCUCGACGACGACCGGCUCAAAGUGAAGAAGCUGGCCCGGGAAUGGCAGCUGUUCGGCCACCACGCCGCCAAAGUGAUGCGGGAGGACCUGGGCGGCUACUUGAAAAAACUCGCCGACCUGGAGCGCAUGCAGGACGGCCUGGUGAAGGAGAACCUGGACCUGAAGGAGCUGUGUCUGGUCCUGGAGGAGGAGUGCGUCAGCAGGAGUGACUCCAGCCCCGGAGGAUCCUCCGAGCUCAACCUGCCCUGCAUGGUGGCCCGGGACCUCGGGGACGGGAGCUCGAGCACAGGCAGCGUGGGAAGCCCCGAUCAGCUCCACCUGGUGUGCUCACCUGAUGACUGACGGCGGGCGGACGGCAGCAGCAGCCGUGUGGGGCUUCUCCGAUUCCGGGCCUACGGUCUCUGUGGACUAGGGGCGACGUGAUUGACAGAAUGGAGACAAGGGGGGG